AUGGAAAAGACUGUGCAGGGCAUAUCACGUCUUACAAUAGAUUCUUUUUCAUCAUUAGAAAUUGCUUUAUUACAGGAGUAUUCAAAACUUGCACAAAAUUUGAAUAAACUUUCUAAUAUUUUGCACGUAUUAGCACAUACCCCUAUGUCACAUGUCUUGGAUUCAUUAAGUAUACUUGAACGAAAGACUGGUUUGGUCUUUACCCUGUUUAAAGCCUCUGUAUGGGCAAUUUUAGCAAACGCUGGGCAGGCUGACAUUCUUAAUGGAUAA